UUCUUGGACGGACGAGAAUGUUUACUUUUAUACAUCUUGAAAAGAACGAGUCCUGAUCCAAGCAAAGCUCACUGGAAACCUCCAUACACCGGCGGGAGAAUAUUCCGUUUCGCGUCAGACGGAAUAUUCCCUUUCCGCCCACAACAUGCUUUCUCCGACAACCAACGAAGAUGGCGACGUUAACGUUGGCGAGGAGGAAAUGGAAUCCGAUCUUCUUCUCCCUCCCCAAACCCUCCCGUCGAGCUCGUCCUCUUCCUCGUCCGAAGACUCUGAUGAUGUCGAAUCCGAUGUCGCUUUCGAAUCCAAAGAAAAAAUCGUCAUCGUCGACGCGGAAUCUCUCGAUUCCGCCGCCGGAGACGCCGCACCGCCACCGUUCUCGUGGCGGGAGCUGUGGUUGUUCACUGGCCCUGGGUUCCUGAUGAGCAUCGCGUUCUUAGAUCCGGGGAAUCUGGAGGGAGAUCUGCAAGCGGGAGCGAUUGCGGGUUAUUCACUGCUAUGGCUCUUGAUGUGGGCCACCGCCAUGGGACUGCUGAUUCAGAUGUUGUCAGCUCGGAUCGGCGUCGCCACUGGCCGACAUCUCGCGGAGCUUUGCCGGGAAGAGUACCCGACAUGGGCGAGGUAUGUGCUUUGGUCGAUGGCGGAGAUUGCUCUGAUCGGAGCUGACAUUCAGGAAGUUAUCGGCAGUGCCAUUGCUAUUCAGAUUCUCAGCCGCGGCGUUUUGCCGCUUUGGGCCGGUGUUGUGAUUACGGCGUCGGAUUGUUUUGCGUUUUUGUUUUUAGAGAAUUAUGGUGUGAGGAAGUUAGAAGCUGUUUUCGCAGUUUUGAUCGCAACAAUGGCUAUGUCCUUUGCCUGGAUGUUCGGUGAGACCAAGCCGAGUGGAAAAGAACUUCUGAUAGGGAUUUUACUUCCAAGACUUAGCUCGAAAACAAUUAGGCAAGCUGUAGGUGUUGUGGGCUGUGUCAUAAUGCCUCACAAUGUUUUUUUGCAUUCGGCUCUGGUGCAGUCAAGGAAAGUUGAUCCGAAGAAGAAAGGCCGUGUUCAAGAGGCAUUAAAUUACUAUAUGAUCGAGUCUACCAUUGCCCUUUUCAUCUCCUUCAUGAUUAACUUGUUUGUGACUACCGUCUUUGCCAAGGGAUUUUACGGUACUGACCAAGCUAACAACAUAGGACUAGUUAAUGCUGGGCAGUAUCUUGAGGAGAAGUUCGGAGGUGGGCUUCUCCCGAUUCUUUAUAUAUGGGGUAUUGGAUUGUUAGCUGCUGGGCAAAGUAGUACAAUAACUGGAACAUAUGCUGGGCAGUUUAUCAUGGGCGGUUUUCUGAACAUUCGGCUUAAGAAAUGGUUGAGGGCACUAAUAACACGGAGCUGCGCGAUUGUGCCAACCAUGAUCGUGGCCAUAGUGUUCAAUACUUCUGAAGCUUCCUUGGAUGUUUUGAAUGAAUGGCUUAAUGUGCUUCAGUCCAUACAAAUUCCGUUUGCUCUUCUUCCCCUUCUAACCUUGGUAGCCAAGGAGGAGAUAAUGGGAGUCUUCAAGAUUGGACCUAUUCUCGAGAGACUAGCCUGGACAGUUGCUGCCCUUGUAAUAAUCAUCAAUGGGUAUCUUCUGUUUGAUUUCUUUGUGUCUGAAGUUGACGGGUUUCUAUUUGGAUCCGCGGUCUGCAUCGGCACUGCUGCUUAUGUAGCAUUCAUAAUCUACCUCGUCUCACACAGCAGCUCGGCUCAUUCUUCUUGGUCCUCCAUAGAACUCCCCAAAAGGAUAUCUCCGACCGGAAGCUAGUUUCCCCGAAGAAACUCCGUUACAUAAAAAGGGAAAAGAUCCCGGGAAUCAAAAUCGAUUCAUCACAUCUCUCGAACUCAAGCAAUAACGGCACGACCCGACAUAUACGGAAACUUCUUACAGACAGAAGCUUCAUUGUCUUGGAGGGGGGAAAGCUUCCAUUCCAUUGUCCCCAGGACCGCGUAACAAAAGACAAUACACAUGGAAACCCCGAGCUGAUUAGCUUUCAGGGGAAGUGGCAGUUCUUCUUGUAUCUUUUUAAGCAUAUGCGUGUAAUUGAAGAGUUGUUUUGUUAUUCUUUCUAUCAUGUAGGUAUAGCAAAAGAGUUAUGUAGAAGUUUUUCUUACUACUCUGAAUGUGCUGCUAAACGCCAGAUAAGUUCUAGCGAGCACAGGCUGGGUACCGGUGAAUGAAUUCUAAGGUUAUUUUUGUAAUAUUUACAUGUCACUAGGGGUAUUUUGGUCUUUUUGAGGGCAUCGACGUUUUCUGCUUAACGCAGAGAUUAGUGUUAAACAUAUCUUAAUCGUGUAAUUAAUCUCAUAUGCAGAAUCGUGUUUUUUGUU